UUUCUGUAAGAGCAGAAUUUUCGCAUACGUUUCUCCUUCGAAUAAAUUCAAGAAUCGGGCCCCAGGGGGUUCGGCACGAUCCCCUCACGAGGCGGUACAUGAUAGAUAAAGGGAAACGAACGCCCCUUCAGAACGCGAACGCGAGUCUCCAAGCGUUCGCAUUCGGUGCGCGCGUUCGUGGAUGUUGUACCCAGCUUCAGACGUGUAACGCCGAGCGCAGCUAUUUUCACUAUGUUCGCGAAGAUGCAGAAUUGACCCUCGGCGUGUUCGCGCGUCUCGCCGCGCGCUCAGCUUCCCGCGAGGCGUGGUGCGCCUGCGCGGAAGCGCGGACCUAACCUAACCUAACCUCGUCUGACGUUGCGGCUGGCACAAAGGCGGGCGCGCUCGUUCUCGCCGAGUUAACUCUGCGCAGUUGGUGGUACGCGACGUCGAGACACGCGCGGCAUUUUACGAUCCUCUUCCCUACGGCGUGCACGUGCGCGCGCGCGUGCGUGACUUCUGGACUCUUUAUCUUUAAGGUAAGCGCGAGGGACUCGCCGUUUCGUCAGACGCUUCGCGCGUCUCUCCCGCCCGAACGUCCCCUUGGCGAGUAGCAUUGAAAUACACGGGGGAAGAAAAGCUGCGCGCGAUCGGCGAGCAUUGACGCCGCGUCAACACUUGGUCUCUCGCCCCGGCGCGAUCCGCGCGGCACCGGGCAACCGAACGCUCUUGUAUCAUCGCCGGUGAUUUGUAUGGACUGUGUAAAUAACUGUAAUUCCCUUGGUCGAUCCGCUAUGGUUUAAAUUAAGUACCACUUAAGGAUAGGAUAAUGUACGAACGAAAAUAAAAAAAAAGGAUUGAGAGAGAGCAAACGAUUUUGACGCAGAGCGACCCCCCCCGUACGUUCCUCCGGGUCUCCGAGUCGGCUGUCCUUUGCACCCGUUUUAGUCCGGUGAUGCAUGCACGAUGUGAGUGUCGGGAGUCGUGGAGAUUGCUCGUGUUAAUCUGAACGUUUUUCCGGCGCGAUGACACAAACCAGAAUAGAUCAGUUCUAUAAAGUGACCAACAGGAAGCUCGACGAUAUGAAGGACAACGCCAACAAGUCCAACGUCGGAAGCCCAGCGGUUGGUAAGACGAAAGGAGGAGCACCGGACAAGUCAGGAUCUUCUUCUGUGCGUAAAAAUGGCAAACGUAAUUCGCACAAGAUGAACGAAAGCCGCGGAGCGUUGCAAAACAGUGUCUCGUCGGGCAGCGAGGCGUCUCGUUCGUUGAAAGUCGACGCACGUGACAGCCCAAGUAAAGUUACAGAAGAUAAAACAGCAACGUCGCCAACGGCUAAGCGUGUUUCUUCCCUUGGAAGUCGACGUGCUCCUGCGCCGCGCGGUGCAAUCACACCAAAGACAUCGUCCUCGAUGGAAAACAGUCCGACGAAAGUUGCACAAGCUAGUGCGGUAACGUCGCCAAUUACCAAACACGCUUCUCCCAUCGCCAGUCGACAGCGUACCCCCACGUCGCACAGCGGUGCAAAGUUCACGCCGAAGACGGUGUCUCCGAUAAAAGACGCGCUAGACAGGUCAGCGAGGCGCGCGAAGGUGGCGCGAAGGAAAUUGUUCGGGGACAACACCAAGGAGUUGGUAUCCGCGACGAUAACUAAUCUGAAUCUGGCCAAGGAGGGAGCCAUAGCCAACAACGACAUCGACCUGGAGAAGGUUUACUCGAGCGGGAGAUUCAGCUACAAUUACAGCCCCAUAGACACCACGGUGCCGACGAGAUACGAAAUCAGCGACGUGGUCGUACCCACGGACAUGUACUCGCUGCACUUGCUGCGCGCCAUCGUCGUCGUGUUCUCCAACCCAAUCAAUUGCGGAUAUUUCAAUCAGAACGAGCUGGACUUGAUAUACUCGCUGAUGACCCUUCCCGAGCCCGCGCAAGCACUGUUCGUACGUAUUUUGAAGAGGAAGCACGCGUGGCGCAGGAUCAGCGGCAUUAAAUACGACAGGAUAUCCGGCGACCUGAGGCCGAUCUUCGACGAGCUUGUGUCGCGAUCCAUUUUCGAAAGUAACACGGAGGAGGAGGACAUAUCCGUUUUGCUGAACUUGCUGCAAGCCGACGAGGUCCGCAAGCUUUGUCAGGAGUCGAAGAUCAACGUUAGCGGGAAAAAGAACAGCAUACGGUCAAUUCUGGAGUUCUGCCGCCAAGCGAAGUCGUUGUUCCCUGGAAUGGCGAGUCCCGCCAGCAAACUGCGCGCGUCGGUCAACAAGCGCUUGGGGCCCUGCAUUUUAGUGAAUGCCAGAGUGAGGGAAGUGGUUGAUAGAAUAAUCACGCUGCUGAAGCCUAAUCGGGACCCCGCCGAGACGAUGGUGGACGUAUUCCUAAUGUUGCUUAGAAUUGACAAGGAUGAGAUGAAGUUCCCAGAGAUAACCAUAAGUGACUUCCCCAUCUUUGCCAGUAAGGAACAUCUGUUAAACUACAUCGAGGCGAAAAAUACGUUGACUAGUGUGUUAAGUGCAAUCGAGGGAAAGCAGUGGGAGACUGUACGGGACCUCGGAACUUUAGCCGCGCAACGUUUGCCGCUCUUCUUGGCACUAGAGGAGAGCCUUCAGGAGCUGCCUCAUCACAUCAGGCACUUCAUGCCUGGUUACAUGUGGCUCAAAGUCUUGUACAAGAGCAUCGACGCAUUUAAAAAGACAACUAUGACACAGGCGAUAGAAUUUUUGCAAAUGCUGAUUAAUCAGAAUUGUCACAUGAAACAUAGAAAAGGUCAGUGGUACGGGGAGUUGAUCAAGAUACAGAUGUAUCACAUGAAGAAUAUUGUGGCUGGUGUCACAUUACUAUCGGAUGCGAUCACGUGCGAGAGUUUAACGGAAGUCGAUAGAUUAGACCUGUCGGACAGAGCAGAGUUAAUUAUCAAGAGGAAAUCCGGCAUCAGCAAACACGAAAGAGCCACUGCUCAACAAAUAUUGGACAAGGUGUUUAGCAGGACGCAGCUGAUGCCUCAAAGUUCCAUCACGAUUAUAGGAACGUUACAUGGUAAUACUCUACAGAGGAAGAAUAUUUGGUGCAUCAGCAACAGCGUGGACCAACAGACGUACGGCUCGGUUGAGAGUCUGGCGUUAUAUCGUUACAAACGCGACGGUUACAUCAAAGGCGUACAUUGCGAGGGUGCUUUUCCGAUCACUCUAUUCGCUACGUUGUUUUGGGAGGAGAUUUACAACAUGAACAUUCCCGGCGCUUGGGUGUCGUUGUAUCAGGACGCGCCGUUGGAUCUGUACUCGUCGGAAUUUUAUGAGAACAGGAAGGAACAGAUUGACACGAAGCUGCAAAUUAUUCGAAAGUUCGAUGCCGAAACGUUGAGCAAGCAUUUGAAGCACAAAUUUGAAUUGCAGUGUGAUUGCACGUCUAUCGCUCAGGGCAACAUUUUUAACGACAGUAACAGUUUUCAAGAAGUGACAUUUUGCCUGGGAGUGGAGGGUGUUGUUGGAAUCUGCGAACGACUCAUUUAUAAUUUCUCACUCUGGAAAGCUGGCUUUCCGGAUUUAAUUGUGUGGAACGUACACACAAAACAGUAUAAAAUCGUAGAAGUGAAGGGUCCGAGUGAUACGCUGUCAACCAAGCAAAGAUUAUGGUUGGAUUACUUGAGUCGCCUUGGACUAAAUACAGAAGUGUGUUAUUGUGAGUCAGACGCGAAUCCCAAAGGACGUAAGCGGAAGCACGAAGAGACUACGUGAUAUAACGUUUCUUAACAAAGGGUUACCAAGAUUACACCGCAUGCAUGUGUAAAAGAGAUGCGUUAUAUUUUGUAUUAUCGUGAUGUUGUGAUAUAUCUGCAGAUUUUUAUCGUGAAUUUUGUAAAACUGUUGCAUGGUAAACAAGAGGCUUUUUUUUCUAUUAACAA